CUGGUAAUUGUAUGAUUGAUCACCUCCGCAUUUUGUAAUUAAUAGCCCUAAUUGGACAAAUGCAGCUCUACAUUAUAAGCAAGCCACAAUACUUACUACAAAAUGACUGCAUUUGGUUCUUGUCCAAGGAAUUUCUUUCAAAUAAACAGGAAUGUACCAAUACUCCUUUACCAACACAAAGAUUUGAGUUGAGUUGAAGGUUGAAGUUGAGGAAAUCACUUGGUAUCGCUAUUUUGUUAUCUCGUUGCGCGUAGUCGCAGAAAACGUGGUAACAGACUGACGGAC